AUGUUUUACAGCUCACAGGUACCACAAUGUAAGUAUGUAUUAUCCAAAUUAAGGGAUAGUGGUGUAGUAGUGGAUAAGCCUAGGAUAUUGGAUGUAUCUGUGAACCCUUUGAACGAGAGGUUAUGGCGGCAGGCAUCUCAUAUUCUAUGUGGUCAUGGUAAACUAACUCUACCUAUCAUAUAUGAUCCAAUGUCUGGUUAUGCUCUAUGUGGUGAUCCUGAUAUACUAUCCCUUAUACUGUGGAGUAGAGGAUACCAGCAAGCUAUGCCUAAUAGAUUCAUUAAGCAUUUCAGAGGUAGUGGACAACGACGACGACGACAUGAAGAAGAUGAUGAUGAUGGGGAGGAGUAUAAUGACUUGGGCCCUGAUGAUAUCGAGAAGAGGAGUGCUAUACAGCCUACUGAGAUUGAGGAGCAUUCAUUACUCCCUGGGUUAGCAUCAUUUGGUUUGGAUAAUCUAACAAUGUAUGAACAAUCAUUACGUAGGUAUAGUAAUAAUGAGGAUGAUGAGAACGGUAUUUAUGGAGUGAAGACAUAUCAAUUCACAAAAGUGGAUGGUAUCAACGGUAUGCAGCCUAAUCAAGACUGGCCCAAUGCCUAUAUUAUUGAGGCUAGACGGAGUGGUAUUAGUCAUAUUCAAGUGGUUGAUGUAUGGGAAUCUGUUAUGAAGCAAGCAAGGAAUGGAAGAAUUGACCAAUAA